CAACAUCGCGUCUCGCCAGGAACCUCGCACCCCGAAAUCCGAAACCUCGCUGUCCAUUCUCAAGGCAUUACCUAAUAUCCACCCUCCAGAAACCCAUUUUCAACACGCACCGAGAUUUCACUGGCAGAAGAAUGAGUUCUUCAAGUGUAGUACCCCACAGCGAAAUCACAAAGGAACAGUUCGCGUCUUGUCUAAGUCAAUACCCGAGCCUCAUUGAGGCGAUUCCCGCCAAAAAUGGACAGAAGACGCUUUCUGAGCUGGACCAGUACCGCUAUGUAGAUGCGGUGGACACGUUUAACCUGAAGAAGCCCAAGCGCGAGAUGAAUCUUGACGAUGUCAAAUUGCUGGUAGAAUGGAAGCUACGACAUGGCAAAUUCCGCCCAACACUCAUGUCCCUCGUCUCCUCCAACCCCCCCUCAGCCUCUCAAACAAUCCAGUUCGCCAUCAAAUUCUACUCGUCCUCCAAAGACAUCGGCAGCGGUGUCAGACUCCUAUCCGAGCUCAAGGGCGUUGGCCCCGCCACGGCCUCACUUCUUCUCUCCGUUCACGAUCCUGAGAGGGUCAUCUUCUUCUCCGACGAGGCCUUUUACUGGCUGUGCUGCGAGGGAAAGAAGGCACCUAUCAAGUAUAACCCCAAAGAGUAUCUGGCCUUGCGCACCGAAGCGGAGGCUUUGGCGAAGAGACUUGGCGUGUCGGCGAUGGAUAUUGAAAAGGUGGCGUAUGUUUUGAUGAAGAAGCAGGAGACGACGAAAGAUGCGAAGGCAGUUACUGCAGUUAAGCCCAAGGUGCCGGUCAAGGAGUCGGCUUCCACCUCGUCAUCGGCGAAGAAGAGAAAGGCGACUUCCAGUGAAGAGAGCGAAAAGAAGGAGAAAAAGUCAAACGACAAAGUUGUAAAGAAGGAUCUGGCGGAAGAUGAUUCAUCUUUGAGGCGAUCGAAAAGAUUGAGAAAGUGAAGAGAACGGUAUCAGUCCAAUUUUGUUGUUCUAUGUCAAAGGGCUGAUGUAUGCAGCCUCAUUUUUGUAUGUAUAUUAACCAUACCUUCUAUCAUGAUGUGAUAUUAUCUAAACUACGGUAAUAAAUCAACAACUAAUCUUCCUCCACUGAUUUCACCCGCCCUCAUCCUAUCCAGUCCUUUGUUGACGCCGUCGAAGCCGCUCUCUACGCCUAAAAUGGGAGGCGGCUUGAUUAAGCCCUGCUCCAACAACCGUUCCAGCCACAGUACGAGUGCUUCACCAACCGAAGGAACUGAAUGGAAGAUUUUG